ACAGUGUGUAUCGUGUAAAUGUGCCGAAGGCGUUUCUUACACACGCUCAAAAUAAAGUAGUGAAUUAGUUUAAAAAAUGCCGUGGACAAGUACUAACAGAAUUUAUGCGAAACCUAACUCGAGUUCGGGUGAAGGUAUUCCAUCAUUGCCAGCCAGUGGCGCCACAGCGGCGGCCACCGCUGCAGCUGACACUGGUGGACGCUUUGAACUCAGUGACCAUGGAUAUGGAAAAAGCUCAGUAAAAUUACUUCACGUACACAGAGAUGGUGAUAUUCAUUCCAUAAGAGAAUUCGAAGUUUCCACAGAACUUAAACUCACUUCAGAAUCGGCAUAUAUCGUUGGCGACAAUAAGGAAGUUGUCGCCACUGACUCUCAGAAGAAUACAGUUUACGUUCUCGCUAAAAAGCAUGGCAUAAAAACUCCUGAAGAGUUCGGUGCUGUGGUUGUGAAUCAUUUUCUUUAUACGUAUAGGCAAGUUGUAGAAGCCAAGUGCCAUGUAACAGAAUAUCCCUGGGAGAGACUACAGGCUGGUGCGCCUCAUAACCAUGCUUUCAUAUUUUCACCAAUUGCGACGAGAUGGUGUGAAGUUUCACAGGCUAGACAUGAGGCGGUAAAAGUGAAAUCUGGCUUAAGUGGUCUACGAGUAUUGAAGACUACUCAGUCAGCAUUUGUGGACUUCGUUCAAGAUGAAUAUACAACACUUUCCGAUGCCGCAGAGAGAAUAUUCAGUACCGUUGUUGAAGCAGAAUGGACCUAUGAUAACAUGAGAACAGCAGACUUUGACAACGCAUGGUUGACAGUCAAAGAUGCGAUCCUGGACAAAUUCGCCGGACCUCCGGACGUUGGCAUAUACUCUCCCUCAGUACAACACACGCUGUAUCAAGCCGAGAAAACUGUUUUAGAAAAAGUGUCUGAGAUAACAUGGAUAAGAAUGACUAUGCCCAAUAAACAUUAUCUAAAUAUCGACGUUUCGAAAUUCCCCGCCAACGUGACGAAGGGAGACCCCCGCCAUUACAUCUACCAACCUAUAGACAAGCCCGCAGGCCUUAUCUACGCGCAGCUACGCCGUAGACCGAAGAGUCACUUGUGACACUAAUAUUGAUAUAGGCUUUAUUUGAAUUUACAAAAUGUGCUUGUAAAUGAUUCUUAUUUUCAUUUUUACGCUGCUGGAGAUCUAUAAGUACUGAAAGUAGUGUCAUGAAAAUGUAUAAUUACGAAAUAUUCUCUGUUUUCGGCAAAAAUAUUUGUCAGAAAAUCUUAAAGAUAUUUAUUUCUUGUUUUUUGUCGUAGCAUUGUUAUAUUUCCGCUGUAAUAAGCAUAUUACUAUCAAACGAUUAAUAUAAAUAGAACUAAAAUAAAACAUUAAUAUCUAGUCAAGGUUCUUAAACAUUCAAGAUAUAAAUAUAAUAA